AUGUCUCGUAUCUCCAGCUCAGCCGAUAUGAUUAACAUCACACAAAAAUUAGGCGAUCAAGGAGGAAGUGUUCUUGCCCUAGUCUAUGUAUGGCAAAAUGCUCCCGCAUUGUUCAUCGCCGUCGUCUGUCUUUAUUUUCUUCUCAUCAUCACUGGUAUCAUCCUCAAUACUCUGGUCUGUUAUGUGAUGAUCAAGAGCAAGCGAUACCUUAAGAACAUCAGCUGUUUCUUUAUUACUCAUAUGGCCGCCGUGGAUUUGUUCUGUCGUGUGGUUCUCAUUCCUGUUGUGGUUUACAUGUCUCUCCCGACUAAAGCUGUACAGAGUCCCAUCCCAUGCAAGAUCAGUACAUUCKUGUCAAAUUCUUGUGCAGGGGCMAUAUUUGGUAGCCUUGUCGUUAUUGCCAUCGACAGAUAUUUCARCAUUGUUCAUCCUCUUAGCAGCCUGAAGCGAAAAAAGCGGCCGUUCUUUCUCGGGGUGUUGGUUUGGAUCUAUGCUGUCGCAUCGUCAGUUMUGUUUCUUCACACUGUCCACAACGUUCCACUUAGUGACCUGCCAGAAGCUAAAGACAUCGAACGAGUUGGUAACCCGACUUCAUGCGACAUCAUCCCUGGUUUGAUUGGCGGUCUCUCUGUCACCAUUUCUGCUGUUAUGAUAUUUGUAAUACCUCUUGUAACCCUGAUCAUAACUUACACAGCAAUAUUUGUMAGCUUGAGACGUCGAUGUCAGAAUGGUUUGGUCCAUAACGUUGCCGCAAAGUCCAAAGCAAAAGCGGCCCGAAUGCUGAUCCUUGUGGUAAUCGGGUUUGUAAUUACAUCUGGGCCUUCUGUUGUGGUUCAAACGCUCCGCUCAUUUAAGGCUUUUGAAGAUGCCAAUAGCGAGAGUCUUGUCAUCGUUCUGGUCAUUGCAGACAUCCUUCAGUUCUUUAGCUCCUUGUGCAACCCACUAAUUUACUCGUUUUACAGUGAUGACUUCAAGAAAGACAUGAUCAAAUGUUGUUUUGGGAUUUAUGUAAAGUGUACACCUUUUCGCGGUCAAAAGAUUGCUGACACAGGUAAUUCCAGACCAACAGCACCAAGUGUGAUGACAACCAGCUUCUGA